UAGAGGGGAGCUCCAUUUAGCUACUAGCUAUGCGAGCAGGUAACCAAUAACAACUGCAGCUGCUACUUAGCUCCAGAUAGCUGGAUGAAUUAUGUGUAGUGACUGGACACUCAAAGGUCAUACUAUUCGGGGAUAAUGUUCAGUGAAGUCUAAGGUGGAGAUGGGAGUUUAAAACCUGUCAAUUGAACAACUUCCAUCAGUGGAUCAUGUGCAGCUGACUACAGUAUCACCCAAACUCCAGAAGUACAGCGUGCUAGCAACCGACAGUAUUCCCGUCUUGACAGAUGGUCUGACAUGGAUGUCGUCGACAGCCCCGUUACCCUUGUCAUCAAGGCACCCAACCAGAAGUACGAUGACCAGACCAUCAACUGCUUUCUGAACUGGACUGUAGAGAAACUCAAAACCCACCUCUCCAAUGUGUACCCCAGUAAACCUAGUUCCAAAGACCAGAGGCUGGUGUAUUCUGGAAAACUUCUACUGGAUCACCUGACACUGAAAGAUGUGCUCCGAAAGCACGAUGAGUACCACAUGGUUCACCUGGUGUGUGCCUACCGCAGCCCCCCUGGGUCCCCCCAGCGCCCCAGCGGCCCCCGUAACAAGCCCCCCCAGGACCCCCCCUCCAGCAGCACCAUUAAUCAGAGUGCCGGAGAAUCCUCCCCCAGCCAGGAGAGCCAAUCAGCUUCUACAGGAGAGAGCAAUGACGGUCUAAGACACCGCGCCGGCCCCGCCCCCGGCCCCCCCUACCCCGGCCACCCAGCUUUCAUGCCAGGCUACAUGUGGAGCCAGCCAGGCCCUGCGUCCUACACACCACCCUACCCCACCUUUAACCCCACCUACAACCCCACCUUUAACCCCACCCACAACCCCAUGACCUUGCUGUGGUGGCAACAGGUCUAUGCCCAGCAGUACCUCAUGCACUACCAGGCGAUGGCUACCUCUUCUCACCAUCUCAGGCCGACUUCUGAUUCGCUGUCGGCCCAGCCCCGCCAAUCAGAUCCUCCGAACAGGCCUCCCCAGGAAGAGCGAGGCGUGGCUGACCCGGACGUGCAGAUGAACGCCCAGGGAGGGGAGGUGCUGAACGACGAGGAGCACAACCGUGAUUGGCUGGACUGGGUGUACGCGGUGUCGCGCGCCGCCAUCUUGCUCAGCGUGGUGUACUUCUACUCCUCCUUCAGCCGCUUCGUCAUGGUGAUGGGCGCCAUGGUGCUGCUCUACCUGCACCAGGCAGGUUGGUUUCCCUUCAACCUGGAGAACGAGCUGCAGAACCCUGGGGAAGGGCAUCACCAGGACGAGAUGGAAGCAGAACUCCACCACGACCUCCAGGAGAUGGAGCGGGUCAUGGAUGAGGGCGUGGGGGAGGAUGACGGGGAGAGUGGGGAGGAAGGCCCGGAGGAUCCAAAUGGCCUCGCCCACGCGGGCUUCCUCUCCUCCACCUGGUCCUUCAUCAUCACCUUCUUCAUGUCUCUCAUCCCUGAGGGGCCUGCUAAUGCUGCCAACUGAACCAGGAAGUCCACAGCCCUGAAGCUAGACGCAACGCACUGGGGCUGACCAGGGGGGGAAAUCACACACUACACACACACACACACACACACACA